AUGAACAAGUCGUUGCUUGGCCCGGCACGUAUGGAACAUGGUUCCCCACUACAAGAUUUGGGUGCCUAUAUGCAGCGAGACAGACGGACGAUCCAGUCUCGGGAUGUAAGCCCAUGGGACGUUGACAUGGAGGGCGAUGAGGAGCGACUUAGCGGCGUGAUUACCGGCGCCGAGGGACCGCUACUGCAGCCAGACAUCGAGCAAGACGACGUGGGCGUGCUGGAAAUGAACGCACAGUGCGAUGGCAUCUACGAUAUUGCUGAACCAGGGCAAUUUGAGCCACUAGGACCCUCUCAGUGGCUGGCGCCCUCUGACAGAGACAAGGAAGGGCACGAUGCGACGCGUCUCUACGACGCAUUUGGACCCGUCUCAUUUCCCGAGGAUCGCCUACUACCCAAUAGCUGUGAUGACAUGAACACCAUGCCGUUCUCGCAUGUCGACCCCGUGGAAUCGCAGCUUGAUAUUGAGCACGCCGGUACUUCCGAUCUAUGGCCCCCAGACGGUACUGAAAAGGCAGUUCACUAUUCACCGUCUUCGGCUGGCGGAUGGCCCGUGGCGGAUGGGUUCCCUGCUUUCUCGAUUUCGCAGCAUGACUCAGGCGACCUGUCGGCCAACGCAACCCACCUUUCAACGGACACCGACGACCCGCUGUCCCGUGUUGUUCAAUCUGAAAGAAACACCUGUUAUUCAGCAUUUGGAAUGGGCAGUGCUUCGGAACACACUGCGGACCUGUCGCCUGGUACCAGCGGCCUCGACGAUGACUCAGCCGCGUUACUUGCCUCUCGAGGCUACGCCCGGUUGAUGGAUCCUGCUGUCGACUCUCCAAACGACGAUGUUAUUCAUGCGCCAUUCCCCUAUAAAAUUAGCCCUCAGUCGAAGGGCUUGGCUGCUGAAAUGUUGAUCGACGCUGGCAUGACGGUGUUGUUGACCCCUCGAGCUUACGCUGUGCGAACAGACCCCGCCGUCGGCUCGUCGACCAGUAUAUCUGCGUCACUGUUCCCUCGGAUUGGCAGCCAGUCGACGGGUUCGAGUGCCGAAAUGUCGGUCGACACGGACGUCGACAUGGCGGCGUUGUUGGCCCCUCAAGCCUACGCUCAGCGAAUGGACCUUGCCGUCGGUUCGUCGACCAGUAUGUCGGCGUCACUGUCCCCUCGGAUUGGCAGCCAGUCGACGGGUUCGAGUGCCGAAAUGUCGGUCGACACGGACGUCGACAUGGCGGCGUUGUUGACCCCUCAAGCCUACGCUCAGCGAAUGGACCUUGCCGUCGGUUCGUCGACCAGUAUGUCGGCGUCACUGUCCCCUCGGAUUGGCAGCCAGUCGUCGGGUUCGAGUGCCGAAAUGUCGGUCGACACGGACGUCGACAUGGCGGCGUUGUUGGCCCCUCAAGCCUACGCUCAGCGAAUGGAUCUUGCCGCCGGCUUGUCGAGUUAUACACCUACGUCACUGCUCCCUCAGAUCGGCACUCAGUGGACGGCUUUGACUGUUGAAAGGCUACUCGACACCGAUAUAGCGGCGUUAUUGUCCCCUCGGGCCUACGCUCAGCUGAUAGGCCUAACUGCCGGCUCGUUGAUUGACAAUGCGUCACUGCGCCCACAGAUCGGUCCUCAAUCGGCGCGGUCAACCGCUGAAAUGUUGCCUGACCCUGACAUGGCAGCGUUACUGGCUCCUCGAGCCUCCGCUGAGCUGAUGGAUUUGAAUGUCUGUUCGCCGAUCGACGGCGAUACACUCGCGUCGCUGCACCCUAAAAUUGAUGCCCAGUCGAGGGAUUCGACCGUUGAGACGUUAACGGACACCGGCAUGGCCGCAUUGAUGGCGCCUCAAGUCUACGCUCAGCCCAUGAAUCCGACCGUUGGCCGGCUGAGCGAUAGCAACAUGGUCACGCUAUCGACCCGUCGGGUAGACGCGGAGAACUUGGAAUUAGAACGUGAGAACUCUGUUAGCGUCUCACAGCCUGCUUUCUACCCCUUGACUGCAGUACGAACACACCGCCAAGGUUAUCCUUGGCGUGACAACUCGUGCUGGCUCGAUACGUCCCUCGAGCUAAUCUUCCAGACAGUACAGCGUGACUGGAAUUCGUUUUCGCGCUGCCUUCCACACCCUGCGCAUCCAGUGUACGAAGCAAUCAACCAGCGCCGCAGCGUAGGUUUGAGCCGUCACCCGGGUGACAUCGCUACCGUUCUGUCUGCCCAGAGGGAUGCCCUUCGAAAGACGCUUGUCGAACGCGGGCUAAUUCGGUCCAUGAACUCGUGUGAACCAGCCUUUGGCUGGUUAGACGGUCUCCUUCGCCCCCAAACCAGUGGGAAGCAAGACGAUGUGCAGCCGUACUUCCAGGGUUACAGCGUUACGUUGCGCUCAUGCUCCGGCGUGCCGGGUAGAUCUGACACCUACCAACACCACCAGAUCAAGGCCCCACGUCCGAGAUUCUACUACCAGCUCAAAGAUCAAGACUACAGGAAGUGUGGGGGCUCAGCAUCGUCUUGGUUUCACCGUCUCCUCGAUACGAGCUGCCGACCCGAACCCGAGCGUGACUGCUGGAGGGUACGCAACGACUCACUCUAUUGCAAGGGGCAGGCACAGCUUGCAGAACUGCACUUCGUACUUCCCAUUAUGCUUGUCAUCGAAGUAGGUACGGCAACGGGGAAGAUAUGGGAUUUUCCUUCGUUUCUACGCCCGCCGCACUACAAGGAGGAGUGUGGACCGCAUAGCGACGACCUUCCCGGGCCGCAGUAUGAUCUCGUGGGACGGAUUUUCUAUGAGCCGGCCAGGCAUCACUUCUUCUGUCGCUUCGUCUCCUCCUCUCGACAGUCGCAUGUGAUCGAGUACGACGGGCUUGCGGCGAAAGGUAUCAAGCAGUACGUAAGCAGCGGCGGCGUCGACGAUCUUGCGGGCUUAUAUGAUAGCCCCACUCAUGGUUAUCAUACACAUUCCGCUGUGUAUCAUCUACGAGGAGGAACGCGCGCGCAGGAGGGCUUUCUCUCUCAUCAGAAAUCGAGCAUUGAGCGCCACCAUUCACUGCAGAUCCUCCGCGGUACCCCUCACCUUCUCCCGCAAAUUACGCUGCAAAAGCCUGGAUUCAUCACCGUGCCAGACCGCGAUCGCUUUUGGCUUCACAAUCCUUCGCGUGGUGGAACGUACGAAUACGACGCUCAAGUAUCAUCCAAGGGGCUCAGGACAGUCAUAAGUCCUGCGAAUCGUGCGGAAGAACCCCAGGGUGUUACCGAAGACUCGGACAAGAUAGGGCAUUCUGGCGUAUCGAUGGUCGAGUCGACAGCCUAUACUGCGAUGCAGAAUAGUGACACACAAGACAAUCCUACCAGCCUUGAUGAUACCCAGGCCAUUCGAGCCGGUCCUCCAGAUUUCACUGCACUAGUCCCUGAGACGGAGCUCGUGGACGAGCUAUGGGGUGAUAGGGACGCUCGGAGAUCUAUUCGGCUGGGUCGGUGGAAGCUCGCAUGUCGAGUCGAAGACGAUGAAGACCUCCUCCUCAAUCCCACUUCGUUUCCGUUCUCAGCGGAGAUCGACCAAAUAUUGACGCCGCAUUGCGGUGUUCUGGCAACCUUGAUAGAUGUGUCGAGCUGUGGUCCCGGGUUUGACCUUAGGGCGAUAGAUCUUGAUAUCCCAGCCCUUAACGCUGUGCGUGAUGCCCGAGGAGGAGGACGGGGUACAGCAGCGCUGAAGUCCGGCGUCAUCGCAGACAGAGGCGGCCUCAGCGUGAUGGACUAUGGCCAAAUCAUCAAUUGGAUAUACAACAAGGUUCCUCGUGCGCAAGACAAGAUUCACGUGUGGCUUGGUUGUAUUCCCACUGGGCAUGCUACCACCUUAGUGCUUCUGGCUCGCAACAAACACCUCUUCCUGCAGCAUCCCGGCUUCGCGAGUCUGCACACAGACGCCGGCGGACAUCGCUUCCUUGUUCAAAAAGCUUGGGAAUAUCAGCAAAACACGGUCGAGUCGGAGACACAUGACGUUGAUCGCGAGUGUGUAUCUCUGUUCGAGCGACGGUUGUUCGAGAGUUCGACCGAAGCAGGUCCGGCGAGUUACGAGCAAUGGGGUUUGGAUGCCGGUGACCAUCAGGGAAAAUGGUAUCCCUACGGAGAAGUGCCUUCGGACUGGGGAGAGGAUGGGCUUUCUAUGAGUGACUCAGAACUAGAGAGGGGGCCCGAUUUUAGUAUGGGCGAAGAGGAUGCAGACACACUCGCUCGCAAAUUAACAGAGUUACGGCCCCGUCCGAAGCCUCGACGGCGGAUCAGGCCUCCCAUUGCCACAAAAUAG